CAAUAAACUUAUACUACAUAAAAGCAAAAGAAUAAAAAAAAAAAAAAGAGAUAGAAAGUUGCAAUGGGUACACGGUUUUGCUCAAUUCAUAUGUUGAGUUAUAGUGUUAAACCAAAAAUGCCAAUCUUCCAUCCUUCAAGAAGAUCAUCAAAGACUCACAAAAUGUCUACUUUCUCGCUUUGUUAUUCACAAAAUGAGAGAAGGUCGGCUAAUUAUGAAUCCACCAUAUGGUCUUUUAACUUCCUUCAGUCCUUUAAUAAUAAUAAUGCGGAUGAACUAUAUAAAGACCAGGCAAAGAAGCUAGAAGAGGAGGUGAGACGUACGAUGAAGGAUACAGAUAUUGAAUCAUUAGGCGUACUUGAAAUGAUUGAUGACAUCCAACGGUUAGGUUUGGGUCACCGCUUCCGAGAUGAUAUAAACACAAUCCUGGCGAGAGUUUCAUGUAAUGAAAAUGAACGCAAGUAUCUCUAUCAUUCUGCUCUCCGCUUCAGGCUUCUUAGACAACAUGGCUACAAUGUCUUUCAAGAUAUAUUUAGAGAUUUCAUGGAGCACAAUGAUGAUCUUAGAAGGGACACAAAAGGACUGUUAAGCUUGUAUGAAGCUUCCCAUCUCUCGUUUGAAGAAGAAGAUCUAUUAGAUCAGGCAUUAAUACAAUCAAAACUAUACCUCGAGGAAAUUAAAAAUGGUUCCGAAGCAAAAUUGGAAAUUAUUGAGAGCAUCAGCCAUGCUCUUGAGCUUCCACUGCACAGAAGAAUUGUUAUAUCGGAAUCCCGGUGGUAUAUUGAAGCAUAUAGCAAAAGAGAAGAUGCAAAUAAAUUUCUGCUUCAACUUGCCAAGUUGAAUUUCAACAUGGUGCAAUCUGUACUUCAAAGAGAUCUUAAAGACAUGUCAAGGUGGUGGAACAGUUUAGGCCUAUAAAUGGAGUGCUUCUUUUGGAGUGUUGGGAUGAUCUUUCAACCUCAAUUUAGCUCUUCUCGUAAAGGGCUAACACAAGUUGCCUCUUUCAUAACCACCAUUGAUGACAUAUAUGAUGUCUAUGGUACUUUAGACGAAUUGCAACUCUUUACGGAUGCGGUUGAAAGGUGGGAUGUAAAUGCAAUAAAAGAUCUUCCAGAUUAUAUGAAGCUAUGCUUCCUUGCUUUCUUCAACACUAUCAAUGAGAUUGCUUAUGAAAUUCUCAAAGAACAAGGACAAGAUGUCAUUCCUUAUCUUACCAAAGCAUGGGCAGAUUUAUUCAAAGCAUUCUUACAAGAAGCAAAAUGGAGUCGCUACGUAAUUAUUCCGUCAUUUGAAGAAUAUCUUGAAAAUGCAUGGCGAUCAGUAUCAGGAUCAGUUUUGUUACUUCAUGCAUAUUUUUUAAUGGGUCAGAAUAACUCAAAGGAGACACUUGAUUUCUUGAUUAAUUACCAUGAAGUUUUGCGUUGGUCAUCCAUUAUUUUCCGCCUUUCUAAUGAUUUGGGAACUUCUUCGGCGGAGAUAAUAAGAGGUGACAAUGUAAAUUCAAUUUCAUGCUACAUGAAUGAAAAUGGAGUUUCUGAAGAGCAAGCUCGUGAAUAUAUAAGAAACUUGAUAGAUAAAGCAUGGAAGAAGAUCAAUCGGUACCAAGCCGAUGAUGCGAGUCCGUUUACAAAGCUUUUUAUUGAAAUUGUAAUAAAUCUUUGCAGAAUUUCACAAUUCACAUACCAACAUGGAGAUGGCCAUGGAGCUCCUGAUGCCAAUUCAAAAAAGAAAGUAUUGUCAUUAAUAAUUGAACCUAUAUUAAUAGAAUAAAUAUAAAUGGGUUAGAAUGUAGAAUGUACUAUAAAUAAUUCUUAAUAGUUAAUCUAUAUGAGACCGAUGUAUUUAGGAAUUGAAAUUAAAAGAGGAAAAUGUAAUAUUUUUCUAUAUGAUUUGUAAGAGAUACUCUGAUCAUGUUGAUAAUCAAGUUCUAGCUCCUGCAAAGGUCUACUAGUA